UAGUAACCUCUUCACCAAUCUGUUACUCAUAAUGGCGCCUAAGCCUCUUUUGCUCUCCCUCUCCGUUUGCUUGCUCAUCUUCUUCCAUGGCUGCUCAGCUCGCAGCCGCACGGCUCAAUACGCGGACAAAAACGAGUGCCAACUCAACAGCCUUGAAGCCCGGGAGCCAGAUCACCGCGUGGAGUGCGAAGGAGGCAUGAUUGAGUCAUGGAACCCCAACCAUGAGCAGUUCCAGUGCGUUGGUGUAGCUCUACUCCGCCUCACCAUUCAGCCUAAUGGCCUUCAUUUGCCUUCUUACACCAACGGCCCUCAACUCAUCCACGUUAUUCGAGGAAGAGGUGUUCUAGGAACCAUGUUCCCAGGCUGCGCCGAGACAUUCGAAGAAGCACAACUAUCAGUCGGAAGCGGCCGAUCAAGCCAGAGAGAUCGCCACCAGAAGACCCGCCACAUCAAAGAAGGAGAUAUCAUCGCAUUGCCCGCUGGUAUGGCUUACUGGAGUUACAACGACGGAGACCAACCUCUUGUCACUGUCAACCUACUUGACAUCAGCAACAACGACAACCAACUUGAUCUUCUUCCACGAAGAUUCUACCUUGCCGGUAACCCGCAUGAGGAUUUCCCCCAGAGCACACGGACGCCGCAAGGACGACGAUUCAGCGAGGAAAGCCAGCAGCGCCGGGAGGAAGAGAAGGAGCAACAAGGAUUGCCCAACAACGUUUUCAGCGGAAUGAGCGUCAACUUAAUUCAAGAGGCCUUCAAUGUGGACUCAGAGACCGCUAGGAAGAUUCAGAACCAGAACGACUUCAGGGGUUCGAUCAUCAGAGUGGAGGGCAAACUCGACUUGGUAAAGCCACAAAGGUCUCGCCAGGAACAAGAGCAGGAGAUGCGCCGCCAAGGAUUGCAACAGACCGAGAGGGAGCACGCUCGCCGCGAGGGACGUGAUAAUGGCUUGGAAGAGAAUCUCUGCACCAUGAGGCUUAGAGAGAACAUCGGUGACCCCGCACGUGCCGACGUCUUCAGCCCUCAGGCCGGUCGCCUCAACACCGUCAACAGCUACAACCUCCCCAUCCUUAGCUAUCUCCAACUCAGCGCCGAGAGAGGCUUCCUCUACAACAACGCAAUUUACUCACCACACUACAACAUGAACGCUCACACCAUUAUCUACGCGAUAAGAGGACGCGCAAGGUGUCAGGUUGUGGACAACAACGGACGGUCAGUGUUCGAAGGUGAGCUCCGCCAGGGCCAGGCCUUGACAGUGCCUCAGAACUUCGCGUUGGUGAAACAGGCCGAAAACGAAGGAUUCGAAUGGGUGUCGUUCAAGACAAACGACAGAGCGAAAGUGAACCAAUUGGCUGGAAGAGUGUCGUACAUGUGGGCUAUGCCUGAGGAUGUGAUCGCCAACUCAUACCAGAUCUCGAGAGAGCAAGCAAGGAGGCUCAAGUAUAACAGACAAGAGGCCUCUCUUUUCGCCACUUCCCACCAGGGGAUUAGGCCCGUCGUUACUGCUUAAGUACAUUAUAGUAUGUAAUAUUAUGUAUAAUAUUACGUAACUGCGUAAUGUAAUAGCUAGUGCAGCUCGGCACACGUGGUCUUUUGGUUUAAUUAGGGUACUCUUUAUAUAUUAGGCGCUAUAUCGAGUAAUAAUAAAAAUAGGCCUUUAUAAAAAUGGCUUCUUAUGUUUAAAGACUUGAGUUUGAGUCUGAGUUUUUUUAAAUAACAAACUACUUGUGUACGGGUUGUAACUUUUGAAUCAACAUAAUAAAAUAGAUUCGGGUAUAAAUA